UACAGAACUGCACAGCCUUUGGAAUAUUACAGGCAGUUUUUGGUAAGAUCAAGUUGUAAAUUACAACUAAUUAAAGUGACUUCGAGACUUGGAAAAGUACAAUUUUGUCAACUUCAAUGUUCUGAUCUUGCAGAAACAGGAUGUUCGACCAGAUGGCCGUGCACUUUUGGAAUUCAGAAAAACGAUCCUAAAUGUUGGUAAGACGUACAGCAAUCAAUGUUCCAUCUUUGAGCUGGGGAGGGUAUUAUGCUUGAAACAUUUGAGCAUCAUGCUUUUGAGCGCCACCCUCAAAACAUCAGCAUUAUGCCUAAAAUUAUGUUCGAAAAGUACGUAGCAUUAUGCACGACUGAUAUAUAUUUGAUGCCUUUUCUAUGCCUGCAGAAAAAAAAACCUCCAUAAACCAGAAACAGAACGUUUCAUUGCAUCAAUUACAAAUUUACAAGAAAUAAACGACAAAUAAGUUAUGCUCAUCAAAAACACUCAAAAUGUCUUAUUUCAAUGGAACUCGCCAUCGUUAGGAUGCACUCUCUGAUCAGGUUGCAGCCGGGCAAAAAUAUGAUGCUAUGGGGCAACUAGGCCCUGAAAGUAGCCUUUGAAUAAAUUAAUUUCUAACCAAAAGCACUUGAAAUUUAAAUGUCUCAUUACAUUUGUGGAGAAAUAUUAAUUUUCUCUUUAUCAUUCAUCACCUUAUGCUUAACAACCUGCCUGUUAUGCUGGCAUUAUGCUCAGUGCUCCAACUUUGGCAAAAUUUGCCGGUAUAAUGUAUCUAACCCUAGAGCUGGGGGUGCUUCAUAUAGCAUUGACUCACAUCUGGCAUUUCCCAUCUGGGAUGUAUCUUAAAAACUUAUAUUCAGUGAGAGAGCUUGCGAAAAGAGUAGUUACUGCAUGUAAGGGCAGCCGUGAUUUCCAGCCUCUGGCCCUUCUCCUAUACUAUAAGGUUCCCCCCAUCUCCCCACCCCUCAAAUACACGUUCAUCUUCAGACCAGGGCCUCCUGUUUGUCCAGAUUCUUUAACAUGGAAAGUUCCUUAGAUUUAUGUAUUGGGACAAACUUAUCUUUCUUUUUACCUUUUAUUUAUUGUAAAGCUUGUGCUUUUUUCCAAUAGGUCUCAUCCUUUUCUUACAAUAAUUAUGUGUUUUUCACAGGUUCAAUAUCAACAGCAGAGGGAUCAGCUUUGGUGAAACUUGGAAAUACAACAGUCGUUUGUGGAGUAAAGGCAGUUAGUCAUCAUCACAGUAACAUAAAACUUGUGUACUUAGGUUAACCAGUUUUGUUCAGUUAGGAGUCAGGUCUGAUCUGCUGACAUGGUACUGAAGUGAGUUUCGUCAAUAUUGCAAUGCCUGUGUGUUGAAUGUAUUGAGGAAGUUACGGUCACUACUGAAUAGACAUGCAUGGUAGUGGCCAUGCAGAAAAAGACAGCAAUGUUCAACCACAAUAUAAGAUGUGGUCUGAUUCUGUGCAUGAUUGUCAAAAUUGUGGUCGUACAGAUUUGCAAUCCUGUCAAUAUGUUAUACUCCUCAUUUUACCUAAAUCUUUGAGAAAUAACUAUUUACAAAAUAUUUAUUGAAACGAUGAAUCUUGGGUAAUUAUACCAUUCUGAUGUUAUUGCCAGGAAUUUGCCAUGCCCAGUCAGGAGAAACCUAAACUUGGAUUUAUAGGUCAGUUAAAGUUAAGGUAAUAAAUUAUUAUAUAGUAAACUAAUUAAUUUAAUAUGAAUUGCAUCUAAUUUAUUAUAAUUGAAUUGAAUAUAGUACUAAUCAUUAUUUUUAAAGUUGGCACAAUUGAUCACACAGGACGUUAAAAAGCUGUGAAAAAAAGUUGUGCAAACUGUAAAACAGAAUUUUUUUAUCGUUAGUUAUUAUUGCAGGGGACAUGAGGAGCCUGCAAUCGUGGUCCAGGUUGUUAUUAUGCAUGCAUCACAUGUAUGUAGUCAGCAUUCGUUUGGACUUCCACUGAGAAAGAAUGGAAUGCACAAAACCCACUUUGAUCGCGCGUGUUUCAAACUUCUGUCCCUCAUAAUCUGGUCAAGCAUGUUUUGACCAUCUAUCAUCUUAACCUUUGGUUAUUACUAGUUAGUAACUGGAACCCUUCCCUUGCUGUCCCCACUUCUUUCCACUCCCCCCCUCCCCAUUUAUUUUUUUUUUCUUGGUUCUGUCCUUGGUGAGUUGAAUUUUAGUUUCUGCUUAGUAUAUAAAUUAUACACCUGUUAAACUUGCCCAGGGGGAUGGAGGGAAAAGGUGCUUCCCAUAUCAGUCUAUAUGACCACCCAAGAGGGGUAACUUUUUCAGGCUUAGGAUAUGAAAAGGUAGGGAUUGCACUUUUUGAAGUACAUGUAUAUGAAAGGGUAGGAAUCUUUCAUUUUUGUCCAUAAAAAGGCCCAAAAUUGGCUUACAGAUGCAUUUCAUGGCUGUAAAAAAUUCUGGUUUGUAAUUUAACAGCAGUUAAAGGGGAUGCAAAGUUCUAAACUAGGUAUGUGAUUAGGGGCCCCAUUUGUCAAUAGAGGGUAUAUGAAAUUAGGGGAACCUUUUCUGUCAAAAACUGUUCAUAUAUAAAGGGUAAGGGGCUGGACCUCAGAGCAGAACCUCCCCAUAUAAAACUUUGUUGAGUUCCCUUAUCCCCCCUGGUAACUAGUUACCCUGUGAGUAGAGGUUACAUUAUCUCAGUAUGAGCGGGCGUGCGAAAAGUAGCUACUUUUUGCACGCUAGCUCAUAGAGCAAAAAUGUAGCCUCUGCUCGCAGGGUAGUAACUCGUAUGUAUACUGAUGCAUUUUUCUUAAAUCAGUUCCCAAUGUAGAUCUGCCUCCUCUCUGUUCAUCACGAUUUCGUCCUGGACCUCCAAGUGAACAGGCACAAGUUCUCAGCCAGUUUGUUGCGGAUAUUAUUUCAAAGUAAGAAAUGUAGAAAUCUGUCUCAAUGAUCUAACAUUGUUCCAAACAGGUUGUGUCUUUAUUCACCUUACUAAUAGGCAAUUGAUUUUAAAUGCAGUUACAAGCAGAACAAAGGCAAAUUUGCAGUAUUCAUUUGAAACUUUCUUCCUAAAAUUUGGUGAGGUAGUCUUGAUAACCAGCUGCUAUAUAUGAGCCUGCAACAAAGGUUUUGGAAGAUUCUUGCAGUCUUUCUAAUUGCUACACUGCAGAGUGUUGACAGACAUGUGUAUGAAUUAUCUCUUGAAUAGCUGCUGUGUACAGUUCUCUGCUAAUCAAUUUGCUUUGCAUACUUUUCUUUUGGAUCACCAGCUGUGAGCCAAUCAGUCUUGAGGAUUUGUGUAUUGUAGAAGGCAAGGUAAGGUCUUUGUAUAUUUUGGUAUUAUUGAGAUUAAGGAAAAUACAUUGUAUUUGAAGUAAACUUUUUCAUUUUAUGGUGCAGAUUAUCUAUAUUUACAUAUAGCAUUGUGUUCUUUAAAUUUGGUUGAAUUUUAUACUUAUGUAGCCUGCGAACAGCAGACUCAUUUCCGGUCGUCGCUUCUGAAAAAUAUUUUCCGGAGGGAGAGAAGCGACGACCAGAAAUGUGUCUGCUAUUCGCAGGCUAAUACUUAUGAGGAAAAUCUUAUGUUCUACAGAGCUCAUUUCCAUUAGGAUUGCCAAGUGAAAUUUGACUUUUGAACCAGGAGACAGUGUGGCCAAGUGAACACUUUGUUGUUUCUACUGAGCAAUUUCUUGUUUUACUCUCCAUUCAUGUACAUCAUACAUGCAGGUUCAUAAUUAUAUACGAAGUCCACGGCUUCACUGUACGUGAGCAUUUUCAACAUCGAACCAGUCUUUAUUCCUGAGAUGUUGAUAAAUAUUUGUUUGCUUCUAUUUCUAGUUAUGCUGGGUCCUCUAUAUGGACAUAAUGUGCUUAAGUUAUGAUGGUAACAUCACAGAUGCAUGUCUAAUAGCAGCAGUUGCAGCUCUUCAAAACAGUGAGUAGCAAUAAUUAACAGUCGUUGUGGAUCGAUAUUUAUUUUAUUAUGUGCUGCUUCUAAAGAUCAACUCAUUCUUGCACUAACAUUUAGAUUUGGGGUUAUUUUGGUCUAAAAAAUUGGACAUGAAGUUUAGUCGUGUCAUUAUAAGAUAUAAAGACACUCGUUAAACAUUUAAAAUGUCUUUUGUUUUGUCUUUAUUAUUAUUAAUAUUUUUUUUGAGUAUUAUAUCGUUAUAUACGGCACAAAAAUAUGGUUCAGCAUCUGUUAACCUUGUUGAAGUUUUGAGUGAAUACAGGAAACAAACUCAGCCCUUUUGGAUUGCCUUUCAUUGUUUAACACCUUACAAAAUGUUGGACGGAAUGCAGCCAAUUCUUCUCGAUAGCGUUCAUCAUGCUAAUUGGCCUAUUUCUUACAAAUCGUCUUUCCCCUGUUUUCAAGCACGACUUCAUUCCGUAAAGAUAGAUGAAGAAACGCAAACUCCAGAACCAUCAGAGAAAAAAGAAGUUUCACUGAACCUGAGACAGCAUCCCGUGGCAUCUACUUUUGGGAUAUUCGAUGAGUGAGUCAUUCCAUAUGUACGUGUAGGUAGCUAGAUAUUGUUCUUCAAAUAAGCCAUACCUUCUAAGUACUCCCACCUAACAUCUAAAAGCUUAGUCUUUAAAGGAGCACCCAUUUAUUUAUUUACCAGCUUAAAUAAAGCUUUAAAGGAGCACCCAUAUCCCCUAAGAAAGUUCGAAUUACCAAUGAACCAAUCAGAUAGCGUAAAAAUAAGUCUUGUUAUUCUAGUCAGUUUUUAAUAUUCCCUUUUGGAAUCUCACAGCUUACGCCACCAACAAUAUAGUUUUCUCUAGAUCAUCAAUCGCUUAUCGAAAUAAAACUUCCUUAUUCAAGCUGUAGCAAAGUCCUUUUUUUGUCGUCUCCCACUGGAAAUGGGACCGCGAUUUCUUUGUCGAGCUGUUUGCAUGGGUAUUAAGGCCGCAGUACCUUCACUUGCGUUUUCAGUUAUUUCAAAACCCUCAAUAUUAGUACGGCCCUAGGAAAUCGAACCUACGCCUUCUUUGAUCCCGUUCUACAGCCUAACGCUACGUAGCUCUGUUUCCUCUUCUCCACCCUGCGCAUGCUCUAUGGUCACUUUAAUUUCAUAACGGUGCUCGGGGAUUCCGAUUAGCCACUAUAAAAAAAAGCUGAAAUAAAUGGAUCUUAUUUAUUUGUAGCUCUGUACUAUUUGCUGAUCCAACUGAUGAAGAAGAAAAUCUAGUUUCUGGAAUCGUCACUAUAGUUGUGACAGAUGAUGAUAAAAUUGCAGCUGUUCAUAAGCCAGGUAACUUUUGGCUUUAAAAUAGAAUAAAAUUAUGAAGAAAAGAACUACUCAUCUUAGUGUAAGAACACAAGGAAAUCAACACUAUAGAACCUAGCAAGUAGCUAUAAAAUCAAAGAUAAACUUAGAGGCUGUUACACCGAGAUAAUUCCAAUACAACCGCAACAAUACAUCUGUUUUCUAAGACGGUAUAAGUUUUGACUUUAUGAAAGUCUAAAAAAGAGGUUAGUUUCUGUAGAAACUGUGGUGUUGAGUUGAUGUGGAAGUUAAAAACAAGAAUUUGGUUUUAUCAGUUGAGUUUAUGUAAUAAGGUCAAUUUCCUGACCACCGUAACGAGAUUCCAAAGUUCAUGGAAUGUAUCAGAGGGAAUUCGCUUCUACAAAGGGCUUGUCCUCGAAUAGUUUGCUUUUUAAUCCGCUUACGAUAUGUUCACUGUGGAGAGUAAUAAUUUUUCUUUAUCUUGUAUACAUCCGGGACUCCGCUUUCCCAGCGCGUAAAGUCCGGAGUCUUGAGACUUGGAAGUGUUUAUUGUUGAAGUCUUGUUCGCGAGUGUGGCAGUGAUCUACAGUUGUGCCCUAGCUUAUGUUCUCAGUGGCUUGUUAGAAAUAGCAACCCUGUUCGUAAAUUAAUGCCAUUUUCUUCGCGCAAAACAUGUUAUCCCAUAAUCAAGGUUCUCCUGAAUCCUUUUGUUGAAUAACUGAUUUAUGUUUAUUUCCUUUAUACCCAUUCUUAUUUUAUUCUUAGUUCACUCCAUUUACCGCAUAAUUCAAUCAGUGUCGUGUCAACCUUUUUUUGUGCGAAGGCGGUGUGAACAGUAUUUGACAAACUCUGCCGGAGGAAGGUGAGGUCGUGGUUCUUGUUGCUUAGUUACUGCUCUCGUUUUUUCUUCUUAAAGGUGGAUCUCCUUUGACAGAUGACAAGUUACAGAAAUGUUUUAAAAAGUCGGUAAGAAGAGGCAAAGAAGUCAGAGAUCUGAUCCAGACAGCUUGUGAUGACAUUGAUAGAUAAUUAUACCUGUGAAGAAAGUAUUUUAAACAAAAUAUUAAAAACGUGAAACAUUUCGUGCUAACUAUUCUGCAGUUUUACUUUUCUUUUAACUUAAAAUUGCCUUCUCUUAUCAGUGUACUUCCAAGAUUCGUCCUCAAAAUGUGUCGCCGGUGUUUAAGAGUUACCUGGUUAGGGAAGCCACAUUUUAAUUUAUGAUGGGGAUGUUUGAUUUGUUUGUUUGUUUGUUUGUUUGUUUUUGAAACAAAACUAUGAUUCUUUGCCCUCCCCUCUCUCAUUUCCGAAUAAGACGUACAAAGCGUGACCCUCCCCAAAUCUCUAACCAUUCGUCUUUCGUUCUCCUAAAUUUGAUUCUGAAAAUAAAACCUUACUUUAUAAACUUCCUCUCCGGGUUGAAAAAACAGAUUGUUUAAGAGUUAUGCUAGAAACAUUAAAGUACUAAACUAGGUUUGUGUUUGCACGACUCCAACCCAUUCCUCUCGCUCGAUUUCUAGUCUUCACUGCUGGGCUAUCCAAGUUUACUUCCAAAACUGAGCUCACCACACAGCAGUAGAAUAGCCGCUGACUACAUGUUACUACAUGCAAAAAAACACACAAACACAAGCAAAGAAUGGGAAAGAUUACUAACAAACGUUAUUAGGAAAAUGCACGGAGGUUCUACUUACUCCUUCGUGUUUGAAAUGAUAAGUGACAGACAAUUAGAUUGAACCUCACAUUUUUGUCACAGGUUGGCGUUUAAUUCUUCUUUACCGGAAUGCUCAAACUCUGUCCACCCUCAAAGUAAUAUAGAUUAUAUACAAAAAAACAAGUCCAUUAAAAACGCGCACUUUAUAGCAAGAUUUUAUAUUUGUCUUUUGUCUUAACUUGUGUCAAUAUUCCCAGCUAAACAAUGCGGGGAAAAACCCUCCUUAACUUCCGCUUCUAAGGUCAGAGGGUAGAUUAUUUCAAAUCUAGUUGGCUACCUGUGGGUAUUAAGCAAAAUGUUUUAUGACGCUAUAAAUGGUUCGAGUUUCCCGGAAUCUCAAAGAACAAGAAAGGGCGUGCCGCUGUUGAGCAGUCUCUCACAAUGGAAUCUCUGUUGAUAAACCUCAAAGAACAGGUUACUUGUGCAAUCUGUCUGGAUAGUUUUACCGAUCCCAAGACAAUAACCUGCCUGCAUACAUUCUGCUGUGACUGUUUGAAGAAACACGCACUGAUCAGCCAAAGGAAUGGAAAGUUUCGCUGCCCCGAGUGUCAAGCUGAAGUCGAUCUUCCCGAAGCAAACUGUUUCGACAAACUACCGUCUAGUUUUCAUCAUAACAGCUUGCUCAGUCUUCUCGCUGCUCGACAGAGUGGCGAUGGAAACGAAAUCAGUUGUGGCAUUUGCAAGAAAAAGAGCGCAGAGAUAAGUUACUGCUUCGAAUGCGCUAAAUUCAUGUGCAGUGACUGUGUAAACGCACAUCAACUGUUUACAAACCUCACAGAAGGACACAAGGUGACGCCAGUCAAACAGUUCCAACCUCAAGACUACGAAGCCCUGAUGAAGAGGCAGUCAUUUUGCUCACAGCAGUAUCACGAGCGAGAGAUUGUAAGAUUUUUCUGCCUGAAAUGCAAACUGUGUGUUUGCCAAAUUUGCAUCGCUACGGAUCACAAGUCACACGAGGGACAUGACGUGGAACUACUGGAUAAAGUGGCGGAUGGCGAGAAAGUCAAAAUCCUAGAGAGAGCCAAAAUGUUAAAAGAAACGACCAAACUUUACAGCGAUGCGAUUUUCAAGCUUGAACAAACAGAGCUUGAGCUGCAUACAAAUAUUACUAAUGUUAAACAUGAAGUUUCCCAGACAGCGGAACAAAUCAUUGCCAAGAUUCGUGAAAGUGAACGUGAGAUCAUCACCUUUCUCGAGAACACGCGCGAGUCUCGAUUGGAAAUGUUAAACUCGGCAAAGACACAAGUACAGUCCUUGCUAAAGCAGAUCAACCAAGCAGUCGAGUUUGCUGAACAACUGGUGCAAAAAAGCUCCAGUUCGGACAUAAUGCAAAGCAAAGCAAAACUACGGCAGCGUUACAACGAACUUGAAAGCGCUCCCAUCCCAGAACUUCCGGUCAAUUCCUUUAUGAAGUACUUUCCGAAUUUGGAACUAGAAAAAUUUAGCGUUGGCUGCGUAGCAACAAGUGAACCGAUCAUCAAGGGACUGAAUCAAGAUAUCCAAGCUGGUGUAGAAUCAGAGUUUGAAGUUAUCCCCAGAAUCCCUAAAGAAAAAGCGGAAGGAGUUAAAGUCAAAUUCCAAUGCGAGGUGCUCAUAGAACCCGCUGAGAAGGUAGGAAGUUUGAGAACGUACGAGAAAGAAGAGGCUACACUGGUGAAGUUUGUGCCUAAAGUCCCUGGUACUUUUAACAUCACAGUCAAAAUAAAUGGGAAGGUUCUUUCAACCAACACUGUCCAGGUGAAACAACGGCUCAUUCAGGUUUUGGGGGAGUUUGAAUUAAAAAACGAAACGUUUGAAAAACCACUAGGGUUGGCUGUAAACAGUAAAGGGCAAAUUGCUGUUGUUGACAACGAAAAACACUGUGUUCUCAUAACUGACAUGGAAGGAAACUGUCUAAGAAAACUAAGUUGCUAUGGAAACAAGGAAGGACAGCUAAAAAGUCCAAGCGACGUUACCUACCUAAAUGAUGAUAACAUUCUUGUGGCGGAUGAAUUAAAUCGUCGCAUUCAACAAUUUAAUGUUCAAACUGGAGACUUUGUGAAGAGCUUUGGGAAGAGAGGGACAAGAGACGGAGAGUUUCAGAAUCCUGUCAGUGUUUGUGUGGAUGAUGAAGGACGCGUUAUCGUGGUCGACACCCGUAACCAUAGGGUCCAAGUUUUAUCACAGGAUGGUGAACCUCUGUUUAAAUUUGGAGACAGUGGACCAGAAAAACUUGGCCCCUUUGGAUGUAUUUACCAUGAGAACAAGUUCAUUGUUUCUGACUGGGAUGAUAAUUCUGUGCAAUUUUAUGAUAGUACUGGAAAGUUUUUGUAUAAGACAAGAGAACCACGUCAGGGUGAUGAACGGUUGUACUUGAAGGGUCCAAGGGGACUUUGUCUCCAGAAAUGUGGUAAUCACCAUAAUCUUCUUGUAUGUGACAGAGACAAUGGUCGUGUUGAUCAGUUUACAUUGGAGGGUUGUUUUACUGGGAAAACUGAUUAUAAGUUUAAAGGUCUCUCAAGAAUAACUACAACACCG